GGAGGAGAGGGGUGCACAGCGGUGGGGGUGAGGACAGUCGUGUGGUAGGGGGCGGACAGGAGGAAGCUCCGCGUUGAGGGACCCUCGCACAUUGUUGCCAACUCGAGGAACGGCGAGAACGUUACAUGUGACUUUUUAUUCCAAUGUCCUGAUUACCAUUACAAGUCAUCAGUGAUAUUUUUCCAUUCUAUCCAUGCUGGUUGGAGGAGGAAGAGUCGCAUGAGUCACUUGGUGAGAGCACAGCAUCUUAAAGGAUCACAGCAUCUCAGAGCUGAUGGCGUUUGCUGUGACUCAACCGCAGUGGGUGCAGACUUGAACCAUGGCUGACCACACUGCCGGACCCUCACUGGUGAUCUGGAGAGAAGGAAUUGUUUAAACGGACGCUCCUGAGAUUGUGCCUCUUCCUCAGCUGUCAUCUGAGCUUCUCUGCUACAGCAGACCGGUCAUGGGUCCUCUAUGGGUGCUGUCGGUGUCCAUGUUGACGGUGUGCGUCGCCAUUCCCAUGGACGCGGCGGCGGGGAGCCACAGCCUGUUCACCUGUGAGCCCAUCACGCUGCGUAUGUGCCAGGGGUUACCCUACAACACCACCUUCAUGCCCAAUGUGCUCAACCACUACGACCAGCAAACGGCCGCUCUUGCCAUGGAGCCCUUCCAUCCUAUGGUCAACUUGCAAUGCUCUGCCGAGCUCAGGAUGUUUCUGUGCGCCCUCUACGUGCCCGUGUGCACCGAGUACGGCCGCAUGACCCUGCCCUGCCGUCGCCUGUGUCUGCAGGCCAAAAGCGAUUGCUACAAACUCAUGGACAUGUUUGGUGUCGGCUGGCCUGAGGAGAUGGACUGCAAGAGGUUUCCAGACUGCGACGAUCCCUACCCCCGUCCCGUCGACCUCCUGUCCAGCGCAGAGACGACCGAGCCCACCAUCCCCGUCCAGAGAGACUAUGGAUUCUGGUGCCCCCGAGAGCUCAAAACAGACCCGGAGCUCGGCUACUCCUUCAUGGGGGUCCGCGACUGCUCGCCUCCUUGCCCCAACAUGUACUUCACGCGCACGGAGCUGACCUUCGCCCGCUACUUCAUCGGCGUGGUGUCCAUCGUUUGCCUCUCCGCCACCCUCUUCACCUUCCUGACUUUCCUCAUCGACGUGUCUCGCUUCCGCUACCCGGAGCGGCCCAUUAUCUUCUACGCCGUGUGCUACAUGAUGGUGUCGCUCAUGUUCUUCCUUGGUUUCCUGUUGGAGGACAAGGUGGCAUGCAACGCGGCCAUUCCUGGGAGGUUUCGGGCUUCCACUGUGACUCAAGGCUCUCAUAAUAAGGCCUGCACACUUCUCUUCAUGGUGCUGUACUUCUUCACCAUGGCCGGCAGCGUCUGGUGGGUCAUCCUCACCAUCACUUGGUUCCUGGCCGCCGUUCCCAAGUGGGGCAGCGAGGCCAUUGAGAAGAAGGCGCUCCUCUUCCACGCCUGCGCUUGGGGCAUCCCCGGCGUGCUCACCGUCAGCCUGCUCGCCAUGAACAAGAUCGAGGGAGACGGCGUUAGCGGCGUUUGCUUCGUGGGUCUCUACAACUUGCCGGCGCUGCGCUGGUUCUUGCUGGCUCCACUGGGAGUGGACGUGGUGGUGGGCGUGGCGCUGCUGCUCGCCGGAAUCGCAGCUCUGAACCGUGUCCGCAUGGAGAUCCCCCUGGAGAAGGAGAACCAGGAGAAGCUGGUCAAGUUUAUGAUUCGGAUCGGCGUGUUCUCUGUGCUCUACCUGGCGCCUCUGCUGACCGUUCUGGCCUGCUACCUCUACGAGAACAGCCAUCGGACAGUCUGGGAGACGACAUGGGUCCAGGAGAAGUGUCGCGACUACCACAUCCCCUGUCCUUACCAGUUGGAGCAGAGCAGUCAUCCUGACCUGUCCCUCUUCCUGAUCAAGUACGUGAUGAUGCUGAUCGUGGGGAUCCCGUCUGUGUUCUGGGUGGGCAGCAAGAAGACCUGCUUCGAGUGGGCCAGCUUCUUCCAUGGCAAGAGACGCAAAGACGCCAUGGUUGACAGCCGGCAGAUACCGCGAGAGCCCGACUUCACCCGAUUGCUCCUGAGGGACUGCCAGGCGCCCAUCGCCAGGAAGUCGCGUGGCACAUCCACACAGGGCACGUCCACGCAUGCGUCCUCCACCCACCUGGCCAUGCUGGACGAGCCCCCCAGCGGCAGCACCAGCCGGGCGGGCUCGCUCUGUAGCGGCCGCUCCAAGUUGAGCAGCUACCAUGGCAGCCUGCGCCGCUCCCGAGACGGCGGAUACACGGCCUCCGGCUUCCGAUCGUCCGACGACCGCGCCCCUUACGGCAGCAUGCCCCACCUCGACGACCCGUCCCAAACGAGACACUUGAGCGCCAAUCGCCUAGACGGCCUGUCACGGCAUGGCUCCGCCCACUUGUUGGACAUCCAGUCACGACACGGCAGCGCCAGGGACUUAAGCUGCGUCCCCCAGCUUGCCCUGGGGGUCUCGGCAAAUGGCAUUCAUCGAGUGAUGGAGGAAGACACAGCAUGAAGUUCGCCGCGCACAAUAUGCUCGAUCUUUUUUUUUUUUUUGUCUGCCUUAUAGGUGCCAGACCUACGAACCAACUCUCAAAACAGACUUGAAAAUGUUUUUUGGACCCAGGUUUUUGGUGUGAGCAUAAUGUCCAAUCAGGAUGAGAAAUCCAAAGACUUACUGGUUACUUUUUGGAUGGUUUUGUAUUGCACCUUUUUGAGCUCCUGGUGGUCUUCAGCUCUCACUUAGCAAUUAGUUGGCCUUUUUGUGUGUUGAGCAGCAGGAUAGACUGAAUCCUGUUUGCUUGAUGACUGCACAUUCAGGUACAUUGGCCUGCUAAAAUCCCAUUCAGAACGUUUUCAUGCUCGGUGAAUGUGCUUGUUAAAAAAGUUCUUAAACAGUGUGUUUCCCUGAAAAAAAAGGAAAAGUGCUGAAUCCAAAUUCCUGCCUUACAGUUUGAACAGCACUACAAUAGGCUUGAUUUACUAAGUUAGUAAAAAUGGACACAAACUUGAGUAUGCCAAAUGCGCUAAGAUGCCACGUAGUUCAUUUUGUACAUUGAUGAAGGACUGUAUGCAAAUUAAUUUAGCACGCACAAUGUCAAAUCAAAACUCUGUCCAGUUGAGAUGACUUAUCUUGCAUAUUUCUUGAAAUGCCAGAAACAA